AUGCCACUGCCAGUCCAGAUAGAUUGGACGACCCAGUUACAGCCUCACUUUCAAGCUCCAAUCGCGAGCGUCAAGUCUCGGGCCAUAGGAUCCCUAUGGGCAGGUUAUGGAAGUGUCAAUUCCUUACAGGUUCAGCUCAAGGGCCAGUCGUCGGCUGUGUCCCUCAUCGUGAAAGAUGUCAGACCUCCGCGGGGAUCAGGAGUCAGCCAUGAACGUAAAAUGGCAAGCUAUCGCGUAGAAGAGUUCUUUUACAAGCAUGUAGGGCCUGGCUUGGUCAGCUCAACGGGCCUUGGGAUUCCACGGUCUUUGGCCAUCGAGUCUUCGCAAUCGGGCUUCCAAUUCAUCCUAACCGAUCUGCGUGCGGAGUAUCCUCAUCCAGCUCCUGAUAGCCUUGAUGGAAAUCAGCCUGCUUCAUUUCUGCACGAGCGCCUCAUGCGUACUCUCCAGCCACCGCCCCGCAAGAUCACCUGGCAUCUGGCAGGAAGCACGCUCGCUUUUGGUCAUGCCCCUCGUCCCGGUUUUCCACACCGCUACUGCCAUGCGUCAUACCGUUAUCCAAGCCGGCUCCCAACAAACCCCAACCGCUAUACCAACCACCGGAAACAGGUCCGGGCGGUAUUGUCCUGGUUGGCCACCUAUCACGCUUACUUCUGGGAGCAGCCCACCCCCGCUGGACUGCAACAAGAGGGCUCCUAUUGGUAUUUGGAUACGCGGAGAGAGGAGUUCGAGCGAAUAGGACCGAGCUGGGGGGCUCUGAAGGCGGUUGCGGAGCAGGUGGCAGAGCAGCUUAAGUCCCCAGGGAGCUCUGAGUUCAAGACGUGUAUACACGGAGACAUGAAGAACGAGAACUUGCUGUUCACGAAAGAUGGCGCUCGAUGCGCCGCAUACGAUUUUCAGUACACCGGCAGGUCGUACGGUGUACGAGAUGUUGUGUACCUCUUCGCCUCUAGCGUCGACUCGUCGAACCUCGAUGCCACUGAGGAUGAAUAUUUAUCGUACUACCAUUCAGAGCUGCUCGAUCGGCUGAUAUUGAAGGGCGAGCCGGGCAUUGAGGCGGCCUGCCGCUAUCGUCCUGAGGUAAUGCGCCGCCACUUCGACCUUUCGCUGCUCGACUACGUGCGCUUCAUGGCGGGUUGGGGCAUGUGGGGCAGUGGUGUGGAUUGGGCUGUACGGCGAGCCCGGGCCUUGCUACCCCACGUGGGCCAAUUGCUGCAGUAG